AAUUUCACAAAAUUUUAACGAUAGAUGUAAAAAUGACCAGUAUUUCUCGCCAGCCAAUAUGUUCGCUUCAACCACAAAUGCAAAAUACUAUAAUUAUUGGUAUUAUUAUCCGAAGUCAAAAUUCUAAAAUAAUUGAUCCAACCAGAAUAAGAUAUAAUGUAGGAUCACGAGCAGUUUGGAAUUUCACUCUUAGAGAUUCUAUAAACGAUUUUAUAAACGUGACAGUUUGGGGAGCUGUUGAUUAUAUCAAUAAAUUGUUUACUACUUUCAAUAUUGGAAGUGUUGUUGAAGUAAUUAAUGCUAGAAUAUCAGAACGUAAAGAAAAUGACCCAAAUGAAAUUUAUGUCCCUUCUGUAACUAGUCCUUUUACUCUAAAUUUAAAUCAAAGAUCGUCGUUAAUACAAAUGCAUCAUAGUCCAGCUAUCACGCGUUAUCAAAUUUUACUUCAAAUGCCAACCAAAAAUCCUGCUGGAACUUGUAAUUUAGCAUAUAUUUUAGAGAAUACUGAGUCACUAAAAAAUCAAUAUGUCGAUCUCGUUGUUGCGGUAACAUUUAUAAGUCAGACUCGUGAAAUAGUUACUCGGUUAGGAGAGCUUACGAAAAUUCGUGAAUUCGAAAUUGGUGAUGAAUCCACCGAGCAUACAGUAUCAUUAACACUUUGGGAUAGCGAAUGGAUUAAAUUAGCAGAUAAAUGGGAAUCAAAACAUACAAUUUUAUUUUUAGCAGAUGUCCAAAUUAUUUAUAAUGAAAGAAUGAAAAAAUCGGUCUUAACAAUUGCCAGAAAAACAAUUCUUACAGAAAAUCCAGAUAUUCCAGAAACUAAAGACAUCAGGCAUUCAUUUCAAAAUAAAGCGGAUUUAGGAUCAAUGUCACCAUUUGCAAUUCCAAAUCCUAAUUCUAUCACGAAGAAGAUGACUAUACACGAAAUAACGAAUAAACUAAAUUUUAUAACUGCAACAAACUCUAACAAUAGAUUACAGCUUUUGGUGGUUGUUAAUGCAGUGAUUGAUGAUAUGAAUCUAGAAUCUAGUGAUGUACCUUUAAUAAGUGCUAGAUGUGCAAAAUGUAAAAGAAUAAUUUUGAAUGGAAAUGAUUCAUGUAUGAAUUUGGAAUGUCCAUUUGGCUGUGGAAUAAAACGACCAAUGAACAUAAUUAGUUUAAACAUAUUAGUAAAUCUAAAAGAUGAUACAGGAUAUUUAGUUGGAUGUCAGUUAAGAGAUUCAGCUGCAGAACAAGCAAUAGGGUGCACUGUAGACGCAUUAAAGGAAAUGACCAAUGAAGAACGAAUACAAUUAAAAGCAAAAUAUUAUAAAAAAUUUUGCAAUGUACGAAUGCAAAUCCUUGGUCCAACCAUGAUAUUUCAUAAGCCAAUUUACAAUAUUUUUGAGAUAAAUAAAAUAGAUUUUCUGGAUACUAUUCAGUGA